AUAUAGCCACCGAACACCUACUCUGUCAAGGUUGUGCACUGCUGGUCAGUCCUUCCAAAAUGGCAGUUUUGAGACAGUUUGGGCUGCUCGUCUGGAAAAACUACAUUCAGCAGAAACGUCAGAUUUUGGUCACCCUCGUGGAAAUCGCCUUGCCCUUGCUUUUCUCCGCCAUCCUCAUCGUUCUGCGUCAGAAAGUGCCCUUCACCAACUAUCCGAACGCCACUCAUUAUGGGAGCUUCUCUGUGGACCAUCUCCCCCCACAUUUCUUCUUCAGCCAGUUGCAGCUGGCCUACGUACCAGGCAACUCCAGUGUUGUGCGGCAGGUGGCUGAAGACGUGCAGCACAGCCUUGGUGCCUAUUCCAUCGGCUCUGUUCGUGGCUUCGAGACAGAAGAGCAGUUUGAACAUUUUGUGAAGACAGAUUCUCAGUCAGCCCAGAUCUUGGCUGCUGUUGUCUUUGAACACACCUUUAACCAAGAUGACGAACCACUUCCACUGCAGGUUCACUAUCACCUUCGCUUCACGUACAGUCCCCGCAAUGCCCCAGCCAGAGAGAAGUCAGAGCUGAACCCCAACAAUGACAUGGACUGGCACACCGGCAGUCUGUUCCCCCUGUUUCAGCUUCCUGGCCCCAGAGAGCAGCAUGAGCCCUGUGGGGGCACUCCAGGAUAUUACAGAGAAGGCUUCCUGGCCGUACAGCAUGCAGUGGACAGGGCUAUCAUGAAGGCAUACAACCACACUGCUGCAUCCAACCUCUUCUCCCAGACCCGUGUGGUGCUGAGUCGGUUUCCCUACCCAGCCUUCAUCUACGACGUCUUCAUCCUCGCCAUUCAGAACCAACUGCCCCUGCUCCUGGUGCUCAGCUUCACCUACACUUCCCUCAAUAUCACACGUGCUGUGGUGCAGGAGAAGGAGAGAAAGCUCAAGGAAUACAUGCGUAUGAUGGGCCUCAGCAACUGGCUACACUGGAGUGCCUGGUUUCUCAUGUUCUUCCUCUUUCUCUCCAUCUCCAUCUUCUUUGUCACUCUGCUCUUUUGUAUCAAGGUGAGCCCAAACGGAGCAGUUCUGACCCACAGUGAUCCUACCUUGGUGUUUUUCUUCCUGCUGGUCUUUGCGGUGACUACCAUUAACUUCAGCUUCAUGAUCAGCGUCUUCUUUUCUAGAGCUAAUGUGGCAGCAGCAACAGGAGGCUUCAUUUACUUCCUGAGUUACCUGCCAUAUGUGUUCCUGUGGCCUCGUUAUGACCUGCUGUCUCACGCUCACAAAGUGUCUGCCUGCCUCAUCUCCAAUGUCGCCAUGGCCAUGGGAGCCCAGCUCAUCGGCAUGUUCGAGGGCAAAGGCACUGGUAUUCAGUGGUCGAACCUGUUUGAACCAGUCACUGUGGACGAUGACUUCUCUCUGGCCCAGGUUCUGGGUUUGCUGUUGCUGGAUGCCAUACUCUAUGGCCUGGUGGCCUGGUAUGUGGAGGCAGUGUUCCCAGGAGAGUAUGGAGUGCCACUGCCUUGGUACUUCUUCCUACUGCCCUCCUAUUGGUGUAGCAGCCCCCGUGUUGCCCUGCUGAAGGAGAAGGAGGAAGAGGAGGAUGCGGAGAAGGCGCUUAAGGGCGAGUUCAUGGAAGAAGAACCAGCGGGCCUGGUCUCAGGGAUCAAAAUCAAACACCUCGCAAAGGCUUUCAAAGUGGGUAACAAGACCAAGGAGGCGGUUAGGGAUCUGACUUUAAACAUGUUUGAAGGCCAGAUCACUGUUUUACUUGGACACAAUGGAGCUGGCAAGACUACAACCCUGUCUAUGUUAACUGGCCUCUAUCCUCCCACCAGUGGCCGAGCCUACAUUAAUGGCUAUGACAUUUGCCAAGACAUGGUCCUGAUUCGUCGCAGUCUGGGCCUGUGCCCUCAACACGAUGUUCUCUUCGACAAUCUCACAGUUGAGGAACACCUUCUCUUCUACACUCAGCUGAAAGGGUAUCCUCGGGAAAAGAUCCCGGAGGAGGUGGAUCGGAUUAUCCGUAUCCUGAACCUGGAAGACAAACGGAAAGCUCGCUCAAAAACAUUGUCAGGAGGAAUGAAACGCAAGCUGUCUAUCGGCAUCGCCCUCAUCGGAGACUCUAAGGUGGUGAUGCUGGACGAGCCCACCUCGGGCAUGGACCCCUCGGCACGCAGGGCCACCUGGGACCUCCUGCAGGGGGAAAAACGAGGCCGCACCAUCCUCCUCACCACGCACUUCAUGGAUGAAGCCGACUUGCUUGGAGACCGCAUCGCCAUCAUGGCCAGCGGAGAGCUCCAGUGCUGCGGCUCCCCUCUUUUCCUCAAGAACAAAUAUGGUGCUGGCUACCACAUGGUGAUUGUGAAGGAUGCGCUUUGUAACGUGUCUGAGAUCACACGUCUCGUCAAUAUGUACGUACCCAAUGCUGCUCUGGAGAGCAGUGCUGGAGCUGAACUCUCCUACAUCCUGCCUAAAGAAAGCACCAGUCGGUUUGAACUACUUUUUGCUGAGCUGGAAAUGAACAGAGAGGAACUAGGCAUCGCCAGCUAUGGUGCUUCAGUCACCACAAUGGAAGAAGUCUUCCUCAGGGUGGGGAAACUGGUCGAUUCCAGUUUGGACAUCCAGGCCAUCCAACUCCCUGCUCUGCAGUACCAGCAUGAGCGGAGAUCUCAUGACUGGACCAUGGAUGACACGAGCAGUAUCAGUGGUCUGACCGACGUGACGGACUUCACCGACAGUGGCACGCUGAUUUCAGAGGAUUGCUCCAACAUCAAACUCAACACAGGCGCCAGACUGUACAUGCAGCAGUUCUACGCUAUGUUCCUGAAGAGGGCGCUGUACAGCUGGCGGAAUUGGAAGGUGAUGGUGGCUCAGUUUCUGGUCCCUCUCAUCUUCACCGUGAUCUCUCUGAUAGUGGCGCGGACUUUCCCCGGACGCCGCAUCACCCCCCAACUCGGCCUCACUCUGACUCGCUACGGCCCCACUGACGUCCCCGUGGCUUUGGACGCCAAUGCUGGACCUCUGGCAACAGCCCUCGCCGAAGCCUACGCCUCACAGCUCACUGCCCAACAAGCUAAACCCAGAACCAAUAUAACAGACUUCUCUGAAUAUGUGCUAUACAAUGCUAAGAGGGAAGGAGGACCCUUCAACGAACACUGUGUGGUGGGAGCUGCUUUCAGGGGUAAAACCAGGAAAUUUGCUGAGGUGACGGCCUACUUCAACAACCAAGGCUACCACACCCCUGCCACGGCUCUCAUGCUGGCGGACAAUGCCCUCUACAAACUGCUGGCAGGGCCCAAUGCCUCCAUCCACGCUGGAAACUAUCCCAUGCCCCGCAAUAUGUCGGAGAUUGCCCAGAGCCAACUCAGCGAAGGUCAAACAGGUUUUGCCAUAGCUAUAAACCUGAUGUACGGCAUGGCAUCUCUGUCUAGUACUUUCGCUCUGCUUCUGGUCACCGAACGUGCCAUCAAGUCGAAGCACGUACAGCUGGUCAGUGGCGUCUACCCGUCCAACUUCUGGUUUUCUGCCCUCCUGUGGGACCUGGUGAACUUCCUCAUGCCCUGUAUGCUUAUGCUGGUGGUGUUCCGCGUGUUUGCGGUGAAGGCGUUUGUGGAGGAGAACCACCUGGUGGAUGUUCUCUUGCUGUUGCUGUUAUAUGGAUGGGCUAUCAUCCCCCUCAUGUACCUGCUUAGUUUCCUCUUCUCGUCUGCCGCCACCGCGUACACGCGUCUCACCAUCUUCAACAUCAUCAGCGGCACGGCCACCUUCCUCGCCGUCACAAUAAUGACCAUCCCAGAGCUCCAUCUCCAACACCUCUCUCAUAUCCUCGACAAAGUCUUUCUGCUGUUCCCCAACUACUGUCUGGGCAUGUCAUUCAGUCAGUUCUACCAGAAUUAUGAAACCAUCUCCUUCUGUAUGUCCAGCAAACUGGCAGAGACCAUCUGUGAUCUCUAUAACAUCACAUAUCAGACAAACUACUUCUCCAUGAGUGAGCCAGGAGUGGGCCGAUUCCUAGUGGCCAUGUCCCUGCAGGGCCUGGUCUUCAUCAUUCUGCUUUUCGUUAUUGAACUCCUGGGUGUGCGUACCUUCUGCACUGUAUUCAGCAGACGCAAGAAGGUGAGAACAGAGGACAAAUCUGCUGCAGCCAUGCAGCAAGAAGACAGGGAUGUGGCUGAGGAGAGAAAGAGGGUUUUGGAGUGCCAGCCUGUGGUAGAGUCCAUGGUGGGCAGCCCUCUUAUACUGCAAGAACUGACCAAGGUGUACACCAGUGGCCAGUCCUUGCUGGCAGUGGAUCGGCUGUCCUUGGCUGUGGGGAAAGGAGAAUGUUUUGGCCUCCUUGGCUUUAAUGGAGCCGGGAAGACCACCACUUUCAAAAUGCUGACAGGAGACGAAUCGGUGAGCUCAGGGGACGCGUUCAUUGACGGCUACAGUAUCCUAAGAGACAUCAAGAAGGUGCAGCAGCGCAUUGGUUACUGUCCUCAGUUCGACGCUGUGCUGGAUCACAUGACUGGACGCGAGACCCUGAGCAUGUACGCCAGGCUGAGGGGCAUUCCAGAAAAGUACGUGUCUGGCUGCGUGGAGAACGUCCUGCGUUCGCUGCUGCUGGAGCCCCACGCUGAUAAACUUGUUCGCAGUUACAGUGGAGGCAACAAGAGGAAGCUUAGCGCCGGCAUGGCUCUGAUUGGCGGCCCACCCGUCAUCUUCCUGGAUGAACCGUCCACUGGUAUGGAUCCGGUGGCCAGACGGCUGCUUUGGGACGCCAUAACUCGGACCAGAGAAUCUGGGAAAGCCAUAGUAAUCACCUCACACAGCAUGGAAGAGUGUGAAGCCUUGUGCACUAGGUUGGCAGUGAUGGUAAAUGGGCAGUUUAAGUGCUUGGGCAGUCCUCAGCACCUCAAGUGUAAAUUUGGCAGUGGCUACACGCUGCUGGCUAAAGUUCGCUCUGACCCAGAGAUUGAAGAUACAGAAUUACACCUAUUUAAAGAGUUCAUAGAAAGCACUUUCCCAGGAAGUUUACUGAAAGAUGAACAUCAGGGUAUGGUACACUACCACUUGACUGAAAAAAGCCUCACAUGGGCACAGGUGUUCGGGACCCUGGAGGCAGCCAAAGAGAAGUAUGGCAUUGAGGAUUACUGUGUGAGUCAAAUCUCUCUGGAACAAGUGUUUCUCAGCUUUGCCCAGUUCCAGCAUUGCUCAGAGAGCUGCCGGAAUUGAAAAGGAGAGGGCAAGAGAUAAGACUAUUGGCUUUCUUUUUGUGCCCUGUGAAAAUCCUGGCCCAACGAAAUCUCUUCUGGAAGUCUCCAGGGAGUUAAGCUCAGGUGUCCAUCUCUACACACACACACACACACAGAUACACACCUACAUACAUACACACACCUACAUAUAUACACACACAUGCACAUACACACCCAUAUGUACACAAACACCCACAAACUCACAGGCCUCAACUGUGAAGAGUUGGAGCACUCCUAUAUUUGACAUCAUUACAAACACGGUGCU